AUGGCCGACAAACCCCAAAUAAUCAUCCGCUCUCCCCUCAAAUACAACCAUCCUUCACCAACCUUCACCACGCCCCCUCUCGAAUGGCUUCAGCACACCUGGUCCGUCACGCAUUCCACGCUUCCCAUGUGGAAAAAGGCAAAAAAUGUACGCAUAACCUAUAAAAUCAUACCGUCCACCUCUCCUCACGCAGCGCCGCUUCUCGACGAUGAGGUAACCUCUACGCCUACAUCUAGAACCUGGUUGCCGCAGCCGAAAAGUAUACAGGGUAUUGAUACGCCGGAUGGAGAUGGAGCGUGGAAUUGGAGAGGGAAGGGUUGGUUGAAGAUUGCGAGUAGUCAUUGGGAGGUAUUGGGAUGGGGAGAGAGGGAGAUUACGGAGGGGUUGGGGAUGGGUGAGAAGGAGAGGUGGGUUGUUACUUGGUUUGCGCCGAGUUUGUUUACGCCACAGGGGCUGGAUAUCUAUAGUAGCAGGAAGGAGGGAUUAUCAGAGGGGACGUACAAGGAGGUCAAGCAGGCGUUGGAGGGGAUGGAAGCUGCUGAUUUGGGGGAACUGGUCAAGAAGGAUAUGUUUGAGGUUAAGAUUGAGUAUCAAGGGUAUAAUUAG